AUGGCCCAAAUGAAAUUUUAUAUAUGUCAGCAAAACAAACUACAAAAGGGCAUGUUAUUUAAUACACCACGGAAUAAUUUGAGCAAAUUUGAUCGUAGCAGGUCUGAACAUGCAAGAUUAGCAUCACAAAUCAUAGCUUCUAUAACAUCAGAGUCCAUAGCAUCAGAGGCCGUACCUUUCGCAGUGUGUGAGUUUCUCAUUCCAGCACACAUACAUUGUCAUGUACCAGCUGUUUGUAGAGCUCAUCCCAAUGAGAAUUUGUAUCUUCUUUAG